CUCCAUUUUUCUAUGGUCGGCGGUGCUAUUUGCAAUGUAUGCGUGAUGCGUCUACGAAACAUUUUAUGAAAAUGUAAACGAAAACCCUAAUUUAAAAUGGGUAGAUCAAAAUUUCCUGGAAAGCCCUCAAAGCACGUAAAUAGAAAAAGGGUAAACGUUCUUCCUCCUAAUGGAGAAACAACGAGCAUCGAUGAUUCGGUGACAGUUACAGACGAUAAACAGGUUUCCGUUAACAUCACACCAUCUACCCCACCAAGUGACGAAAAUGUUCAAAAUAUUUCAUUAAGGAGACGUUUGACAAGAAAUCUGCAGAAUUCUGUCUUGAGAAAUAAAACAGUUAAAAGAAACUUGAUUUCCAGAAUGUGCAGUAAGAAUGUUAUAAAAGGAAAUAUUCCAAACAAAAGAAGUAGAACAAAAACUGGAAAAAAUUUGGCUCGAAAAUGUUACAGUUCACUGAAAAAUGUUACUCGUGGUAAUCCAAGAGAAACAGGAAAUUUGGGAAAAUUUAUUCUACCAAGCAGAAGUGUACACUCAUCCCGGGUUAUCAAACCUAAUAAACGUUUUCUAGAUUUAAAUGAAUCUCUAACACGUAAACAAAAAAUUCAGAAAAGACACUGCAGUGAUAAAGAUCAGGAAACUGAUGAAGGAGGAAGUAGCAAAGAUAACUGCAGUCAGAAUAAUAGUAAAGAAGCAUCAUCAUCCAAUCCAUGUUCUAAUAGACGGAUAAUUUUGAGACAAGCAAGACUACAAUUUCAGUCUCAUUCAUAUCCCUCUAAUUCUCAAGGGCCCUUCUCUAGUACUUCUCAGAAUGGGUCUGGUCCUGGAACUGUUACAUGUGGUGUAUGUGGUGCAGUGAGAUUUUAUCGUUUUAUUAAACAAGCCAGAAAAUUUAAUAUCUACAGUUGUGAAUCUUGUCGGAAGUUUAUCUCAAAAAUGAUAAAACGUCAAUCGUACAGUAAAAGUACUGCUUUAGUAUGUCAUAAAGGACAAGGAACUUGUCAUGUGCCCCCUAUUGUUAGGAGUCAACAAUGGAAACUGAUUAAAUGUGCCUAUAGGGCUCGGUGCCCAGCGUGUUGGUUAAAAAUGUGCCUUCGUUCAUUCCAAAUGCCUGUUAAUUUGAGAACUAAUUUAACUCAACUCUUGCCAACAUUCAUGCAAACUCCUGACUCUAUGUUCGGUAAUAACUCCUUAUUUUGGUCUUCAAGUAUUAGGUCUGUUGAUGUGAAUAUUAACAAAACACCCACUCCAUCUGUAGAGGAAAAAUCUUCCACACCUCGACCUCUAAGAAGUAACAACAGUAUUACAGCAACAACUACUAAUCCUCCUUCAAGUUCUGAAAUUAAAAGACAAAAAGUUGAUUUGAAAGGACCCAGAGUAAAACAUGUUUGCAGAAGUGCUUCAAUUGUACUAGGACAACCUGUUGCAACUUUUGCUGAAUCUGAAAAAAACAAACCUGAUAAAAAUGAGACGACGAAGGAAAAUACUUCAACAGAAGAAAAAUCUACUAUUGAAGCAAACCCUAUAUCUGAAAAAGGUGUCAGUUGGAAGGAACCCAAACCAGAUUUAAUUUCUAGUGAAUCCGAGUCAAUUGACAGUGAUAAAUUCAAAUUUUCUUCUGUGAGUGAUGUUUCAAUUUCUACAUCUAGAAAAGACAGGAGCCACAGGAUUACAUCACAGUUUUUAGCUGAGAAUAAGGUCAAUGAUAAAAAUAAAGCUCCCAGUCAAAUUCAGCAUUCAAUUUCCAUUGACUUUUGGGAAAACUACGAUCCUGAAGAUGUGAGCCAAAAUGGCUUUUCUUUAAUAUCAUGUGAAAAAUUUCCAAUGCCAUCUAUUUGCUUCCUAUGUGGAAGUGCGGGUUUGGAGGCCCUUCUUCAUUGUUCAGCUUGCUGCGAACCGUAUCAUCCUUUUUGUCUGGAACAGAUACCUCCGUUAGAUAGUUACAAUAUAAAACAGACUAUGUGGCUUUGUCCAAGAUGUACUGUGUGUUCUUCAUGUAACCAGAGCGACAGGACCAAGGUCAAUUGCCAAAAAUGCUACAAGGCUUAUCAUUUGGAAUGUUUGAAUUAUGGAUUUAACACCAAGUGGUCUACAGAGGAGAGACCUACUGUAUGCUCAAAAUGUUUGAGGUGCAAAAGUUGUGGAACAGAGAAUAUUACAAAAUUUGUGGGAAAUUUGCCGUUAUGUCUGACUUGUUUGAAACUGAGAAAAAAAGGAAAUUUUUGUCCUCUAUGUCAAAAAUGCUAUUACGAAAACGAUUUUUGUUCAAAGAUGAUGGAAUGUGCAAAUUGCAAUAAAUGGGUACAUUCUAAAUGUGAGGGAUUGCUAGAGGAACAAUAUCAAAUUCUGAGUCUCCUUCCAGAAUCCAUCGAAUACAUUUGUAAGUUAUGUUCCAAAAAUACAACUCCACUGUGGCGUAAAGCAGUAGACUCCGAAUUGAAGGCUAGUUUCAAUAACGUCCUUCGUAUGCUCAGCAAAAAUAAAGUAGCGAGAGAUCUCUUGAAAUGGAGCCCCUUGAACAAUAGUAUUUCAUCACAUAAAACAAUAACAACAGUUAAAAGAAUCCAGUUCGGUGAUCAUGAUACCAACACAGGCAUUGAUAUUCAAAAUAACAAUAAUAUAGAUUCGGCGUUCAAUUCUAAACAAGCCAUACCAAAAGCUUCAAACAUCAGAACAAUGUUGGACAUCAAGAAUAAGUUGAAUUCGAACGAGUACCAUUCUGUUCGUGAGUACGACAUGGAGAUGGAGGCAGCAUUAAAUUACACAAAAUCAGAUCAGAUUGUUAGCAUUUAUCGGUCCAUACUACAUAGUGUAUUUCCGUGGUACGAAAAUUCAGAGAAAGAAGAAACAGACCACAUUUUGAUAGGUAAAGUAGAGGAAAGAACAGAAGAAAAUUCCAGUGAUAAUGUCGAAAUAAAUUAUUUACCUCAAAUCGAAUCAUCUUGUAAUGAUACUAGGGUUUGCGGAUUUUGCAAGAGUAUCGGAGAUGGUUUGGGAGAACAAGAAUCUCGAUUGUUAUAUUGCGGACAAAACGAAUGGGUCCAUGCCAAUUGUGCUCUUUGGUCAUCUGAAGUUUACGAGGAAAUCGAUGGGUCUCUUCAGAACGUUCAUGGUGCUUUAUCUAGAGGUCGUUCGAUUAAAUGUGCUCAUUGCAAGCAGAAAGGAGCUAGUGUGGGAUGUUGUUUCAAAGGUUGCUAUGAAACAUUCCAUUUCACUUGUGCUAGAAAAGCCAACUGCGUUUUCUUACAUGACAAAACUGUUUAUUGCCCAUCACAUCAAUUGCCGAAAAAUAGUAAUAUAAUAACAUCCUCUCAUGAUUUUGACAUACGAAGAUCCGUUUAUGUUGAGUUAGACAAGAAGAAAGGAAAAUUCUGCGAUAUUGACAAAGUUAAUUUUAUGGUAGGAUCUUUGUGUGUAACCAAUUUAGGUAAAAUAAACCCGUUAUUAUCAGAUAAUCACGAGGCUAUAAUUCCAAUAGGAUUUGUUUGUUCACGAUUAUUUUGGUCAACAGUUGAGCCUUGGAAAUUGGUUUGCUACAACAUCACAACAGCCCCAAAUAAUAAUAAUUCCAAUAUGUUCUUCACCGACAAAAAUUUUACUAUUGACCAUACUCUACCACAAUCUACAAUAGAUAAAAAAUUCAGAGAACUCAACAUUUGGCAAAAAGAUUUAGAAAAGAGGAAGAGUGAACUCAUGGACAUGGAUGAAGAUGAAGAGCCCCAAAAUACAGCAGACAUUCUAUCUCCCGAACUCACCGAUGCUAUUUUAAAAGAGCUGCCUCACGAUCUUCUCGAUGGAAUUUCUGUUCAAGACAUAAUUCCGAAGCUGAUGCCUUUCGAAGACCUGCAAAAUAUUGACACCAGUAAUAGUGAAUCGAGUAAUACAGAGGAAUCUGACCAAAGGUACAGCAAGGAAUUAAAACUCAGCAAAUCGGAUUUAUUUUUGCAAAUGAAUGAAAAUUUCGAAAGGGUCAAUAAAGACAAAAGCAAUCAGAGAUCUUGUAGUGUAACUCUCAGCUGUAAACUAGACAGAUCUCUUUCUCCUGUAUUGAAAAAAAGAAAAGUAGUGCCUUCUCAUGAAAAUAAUCUAUAUUUUAAGUUGUUACAAGUCGAUGGAAAUUUCGACGACAGUGCAAGCGAAUGUGGAUCACCCACUAGGUAUGGUGGUAAUUCUUGGCAUAUGGUGUCUUCAGAAGAGCCAGUUACUUGCGAGAAAUGCCAAUGUACAUACAGAACUCAAGCAAGUUACAAGAGACAUUUAGAUAAUUGCGAAUUAUUAUGUACCAGUGAAAGUGACUCAGAGUUAGUUCACGAGCAUGAAAGUAAUUCCUUCCAAGAAACUAGACUUACUGCUACAUGUAUUAACACCCAAGUUGACAGUUCCAUUGUAAUGGAUAAUUCUCAACCGGUAUUGAUAAAUUCAUAUGAAUCUUAUCAAAACCAGCUGCACACUUCUGUUUUAAAUACUUUCGUCAAGUCUAAAUCAUCCCAAAUUAUUUCUGCACCCCAGAAUGCCUCAGAAAUGAUUAUACAAAAUUCUCAACUAGACCAGAAGAAUAUGCUUCCCACCCUUAUGCCAUCACAGUGCAAUAUCCAACAUCUGAAUUCUGUGACACCAAUAACGAUAAACCAACAAAAUAUAAACGAAAAUCACAGUGACCAAACAUUCACAAUCACCCAGCAAAAUAUCCAAAUGAACGAACCUAUUUCCGUUCCGAAUAAUCAAUCCUUGACAAUUCCCAAUAAUUUUUGUGUUAACCAAGUGCCUUUAUGUGUUAAUCAGCCUGUACACUUACAGCCUAAUACAUUGACUGUCAAUCAAACGCCUUCAAUAAAUGGAAUGUUGAACCCGAUCACUUUGAAUCAGAUAACCCAACCUAAUAUGCAGCAGUCUGUGGAAUUCCAACAACCAGUUACUUUACAGUCGGUGCCUUUCACUGGAAACGUAAGCCAGCCUAUAAUCAACAUCGGUACUCAAAACCCCAUCAGUUUGAACGGAAAGAUUAUAUCCAACAAUAACAUUCUGAAUUCGAUGGUUACUCAAGCGGUUAACGUGCCUACCAGUCAGUGGAUUAAGCCGAUAAUGCAGGAGAAAUUCGUCAAGGCUAGGCCUAGAGCCAAAACGAUUAUAUCCAAGAAAAAUUUCAAUGAUAAUGAGGCCAUAGUGAUAAAUACUUCUACUCCAACUCAAAUGCUUGUGCAGCAUUUGCCGUCAACAAAUUUAGUACCAACUUUUAUGGAUACUUUCCAACAACAGGCUGGUCAGAAUGUACAAUAUAUUGCCACCAUUGCUCCACAAAUAAAUCAGACGAUUCAGGGUCAACCUUACGUUCAGAUACAACCGGAGAAUAACCUCAUAAGUUUAGUUCCUGGAAUGCAGCCAGUGAUCAUCCAACAGCCUAGAGUACUAGAAAAUCAGUUGGUUAUGGAUAGUAAUGGAACUAUAUCUUGGGCUCAGGCACCUCAACAAGUGCAACCAGUAUACUAUGGGUUUGAAACGAUCGUUCAAAAUACCGUUAUGCAAUCUCAACAAUUCCUACCGACAACCGUACCUGGAGUCUUAGCUGCUAAUAGUUCUUACUCCACUACAACCCAAGUAUUUCAAACUAGUAAAUUGGAACCUGUUUUGGAUGUCGCUUCGAAUAGUUUCGUAUUGGUGAAUCCAGGACAACUCAUCACAUCACAACCUUCUGUGGAAAUACCUAGAUAUUCACAUCCCAUCAAAUCUAUUCCAACUACAACUCAAAUAGAUGAUACAAUUAGAGCACAACCUGUCAAAUUUUCCAUCGUGUCGACUGGUUCUUCUCAUAAAGGACCACAACAAAUCAUUCAACAGCCUAUCAAUACGAACAGUAUUAAUCUUCCAACAGCGCCAUUUGUUCAUGAGCAAGGUAUACCAACUAACAUAGUCACUCCUACACCUAAACCUGUACAGGUCCAAAAUCGUCCAAUGAAUCGAGUGUUACCGAUGCAAACUAUUCAAAUCAAAGACAAACAAGUUAUCAAGCCUCUUGAUGUUCAGAAACUACAAGAACUUCGUAAACCCAAAGUUGAUAUGCAUAAUUUGAUCGAGACACAAAAAAGUUUGGAGUCGAAAAAAUUGAUGACUGACAGUCGAAAACCUUCAGUUGAAGUUCAUGAAGCAUUUAUUGACAUUCAGAAACCUUUCACAAAUAUCCAGAAACCGUUUACAGAAACACACAAGCCAUUUACCGUACAGAAAUCAUACACAGAUACACAAAAGCCUUUGCCUGAUAUUCAGAAGUCGUUCUCCAACUUGCAGAAGUCGUUUGUUGAUAUUCAGAGGCUGUUGUUAAAUGAUCAAAAUCAAGAAGUUCAAAAACCUGAGGUUCCAGAUUCACCUCUACGGAAAAUUCAAAAAACUGUUGAUUCUUUUCAAACAAGCGCUGCUGCUGAAAAGUAUAAACUCUCUAAAGAAUUACCGCCUACACCUACAGUUGAUAUUCAUAUGCCUAGCUUGAAUAUUCAAGAUUUCCAGUGUGAAUUAAAUAAAUCUCCUAUUUUUGAGAAUAUAGCUAUGGAAGUUGAUGACAUAGCACCAAACCAAGAUAACAUUCAGAAUUGUACAUCUACUAAUGAAAGUAUAAAAGAAAUUGCACCACCAGUUCCUAUGCAAACUGAAGAAAUUCCCUGUAUUAUAGACAAUAAAGAAACAGAAGAAAACAAAGUUAAGCUUUCAGCCGAUGAGUUAUUCAACAGUUUAAUUCAAGAUCAAAAAUUACAACUUCCUGACAAGCAGGAGGUUAAACCUGUACAGAAAGAAAAUAUGGAUACUAAAAACGAAUCGUUGAGGAUUGUUUUUCAGAAACAGAGUAGGGAUGGCACUUACAAAAUUAGUAAUAACUUUGUUUCCAAAAAUACAAAUGUCCAAGUAGCUCCUUUGAAGCCUAUCAAAUCAAACAAUCCUACGUCAAAUUACUCUCAAACGAAUAAUAAAGUGAACAGUUCGGUUCCAAAAUAUAUGAAGAAGGAAAAGAAAACACUAGCCAAUCUUGAUAUGAAACCUAUUAUUCAGGAAAAGAAGAGCAAUGAUUCACAAUCAAUUUUGUACACUAUCGAAACCCAAGAUGGUUUCAGAUAUACAUCUGCUUCUGUCGCAGACCUCUGGUCGAAAGUUUUUGAAACAGUGCAACAUGCAAGAGCAGCACAUAACAUGCCUCCUUUGCCUGAGCAAUCUCAAAAUGCUCUAAACGAUUUGCAUGUACUAGGAUUGAAAAACAACGGAUUGAAAUAUUUGUUGGAGCAGUUGCCUUCAGUUUCCAAAUGUUCGAAAUAUAAACCCAGUUAUCAUUUUUCAUCUGUAAAUAUCGACCUAGAGGAUGAGUACGCUAUUGGCCACUCUUUUGGAGCUAUCAGAUGUGCACCUCAUACAAAACGAUAUAAUCAAUAUGAUAUGUUUGGUUGGUUAUCUUCCAAACAUCGCAGGCCAGAGAAUGCAGUUAUUUACGAUUUGGAACUUCCCAGGAGGGGCUCCAUAAACAAUUUACCGAUGGCUAUGAGGUUCAGACAGUUGAAGUUGACAUCAAAGUAUUCUGUUGGAGUGUACCGUUCUAAUAUUCACGGUAGAGGUUUAUUCUGCCUUAGAGACAUCGAGGCAGGAGAGAUGGUUAUUGAAUAUGCAGGAGAGGUUAUCCGAUCAAUUUUGUGUGAUAAGCGCGAAAAGGAGUAUAACCAAAAAGGAAUAGGGUGCUAUAUGUUCAGGAUUGAUGAUAAUUUGGUGGUUGAUGCCACUAUGAAAGGAAAUGCUGCUAGAUUUAUUAACCACUCCUGUGAUCCAAACUGCUAUUCUAAAGUGGUUGAAAUUCUUGGUCAUAAGCACAUAAUAAUUUUCGCCCUGAGGCGAAUUCUAUACAGCGAAGAACUAACCUACGACUACAAAUUCCCGUUUGAAGAAGACAAAAUUCCUUGUACGUGCGGCACUCGCAGAUGUCGCAAAUUUCUCAACUGAUAUUCAGUGCUUCUCGUACAUUGUACGUUUUUUUUAUGUAUUAUAAGAGUGUAAUUAACGUUGUACAUAUUUCUAGACAUUUUUGUAAUUUCUUCCGAAAAACCAGUUCGAAACUCAAAUUUUAUGACCACAUUUCAUUGGAUGUUAACUUUGAUGUAUUUUUAGUGUUGUCCAAAACUAUAUUUUGAUGUUUGAAAAAUGGGAUUGUUCAAAUGUGGCCAAAAAAUUGUUUAACAUUCUAACUGGUCCAUAUAUAGCACCUACAUUGUCCACGAACAUUUAUUACAUUCAUGGAAUCUUGAAAUAAAAUUUUUAAAGUCGGUUUUUGAGAAAUUUAUUUAUGAAAUUUGGCUGUGAGGUUUUAUGCAUUUGUGCCAUUGGCUCUGUAGGUGUUAUUGUUGUUUCAAAAUUUGUUACAUGUAAGAUGCUAUGUGAUAUGUUGCAUAUAGUUCUUUGGAAUUUAUCUUGUUGAAUUGAUGAAACGCUUUUUGACUUCAGCAAUACUAAGUGUCAGCUACAAUAUUUGCACCUUUUUUAAAUAUAGAGAUUAUCUGUAAGAAUCCAGUGUAUGACUUGAUAUGGGUUGGCAAAGUUUAAAUUGAACCACAUCUACAUCACGUUGAAACUUUAAGAGCUAUUUAAUUGCUGUUUUUGAUUUGAAAAUUUACAUAAUAUUGCCUCUUUUAAGGGUAGGAACAGGAGAAAUAAUUAUAAUAUAAGGUAAUUUGUCUGCACGCCAACAAACUAUUUACCUUAUAUUUAAUACACAGACGCAAUAAUCCAUCAUUUUCGAAUAAUUAUAAUUAUGCUCUCAUAAAAAUGUUACAAUAAUUUUAAUGGCUAAUAGUAUAGGAUAAUGAAUAAAUUUGCUAUUAAUUGAAAUAUAUUGAUAAUGUAUUCUCAUCAGGUUUAAACCAAUUCUCCACUUUAUUGCUAAUUAGCUGUAUCUAUUUUUAUUCAAGUGUAGUCCAGGUUGUUUCAACAUCUUUUUUUUUAUAUUGAUCUAACAUAAAAUAGGCAGGUGAUCUCUGAUCUCAUAUCUUGUUUUAAAAAAAAGCACCACAUUGCAAUAAAAUCCUUUUUACUGAUAAACUUUGAUAUCAUAAUUUUAAAAUACUCAGUUACAUAAUCACUUAAAUUGAAAAAAAUAAUUCCAUUAAUGAAUAAUUGCAUAACCCAUUUCAUGUAGCUCAUUCACUUCACAUUAUUUAUUAUUGAAUAAACUUUGCCCUCCCAUUUUUCAAAUAUAAUAAUUUAAAUUUUUAUCAAUCGUUCAAAUUGUUAGUCAAUUUUACCUUUUUAUGAAUCUCAAUUGUAUUAAUCUUUUACCAUUAUACAUAUUUUUUAAACGAGACAAUAUCUACAUAUCAUAAAUGAACAAAUAUUGUUCUUUAGCAUGUUUAGAGGCCUUUUUGUAAUAAUGUAAAUAAGAUACAUAUAAAUGUAUAUGAAAUUAUUUGUACAGUGUUUAUUUGAACUAACAUUUUUUUUUUCAUUAUUUUCAAAGCAGCUGUACUAUAAAUCUUGUAAGUGAUAAUUAUUCAAUAAAAUAUUUUCAAAA